AAACAUUUCACUUUCAAUCCCUAAAACCAGUCACAUUCAUCUUCUACCCCUAGUUUGAUCAUCAAUGGAUCCAUAUACUGAACAGAAGCUACGAGACGAAGUCAUAUACCUCCAUUCUCUCUGGCACCAAGGCCCCAAACCACCACCAACCGUCAACCUACAACCUUCAAACCCCACUCGUUUCAAAAAACCCAAAAAGAAAACCCCCAAAUCAAACCCUAGAAAAACCGUCGCUAAAUUCUCCGGCAAAGAAUGGCCGGUGAAACCUCCCCCCGCCGAUCCGAUCUUAACUCCUUCCGGCUGGCCGGAACUUAAACUAAAACCUAAACCACAACCAACACAUUUACCCACACAACAAGAAUUAGAAAAACUGAAAUGGAAUCAGGUUCAGCAACGAGCGUUAACCGUCGCUAAAGAGUUUUAUUUACAAAACGACGAGAAUAGCGACGAAGAGGACGAAAACGACGUCGUUGAAGAAGAAGAUUAUGAUGAUGAUAUGGUUGAAGAUGGUGACAGUGUUGAGGAUAAAGUGUAUGAUUUUGUAAUGAAGGUGUUUAAUGAGGAGGAGGGAUUGAAGGAGUAUUAUUUGAAGCAUUGUGGUGGUGGUGGGGAGUUUUUGUGUUUGAUUUGUGGUGGGGCGGGUGAGAAGAGUGGAAAGAGGUUUAAGGAUUGUAUUGCGUUGGUGCAGCAUUCGGUUUCGAUUGCCAAGACAAAGAAGAGAUGGUCGCAUAGAGCGUUUGGGAAGGUUGUGUGUGAGGUGCUUGGGUGGGAGAUUGAUCGGCUUCCGGUUUCUAUUGUUUUGGAUCAGAAAUGUGGUGAUGGUGUUGUUAAAGAUUCGACGGAAAAUGUUGAUGGUGAAUCUAUGGUUUGUGAGGACAUUACGGCAGACGCAAAUGUCGAAGAAGAACAAAAUAAGAAUCAGGUCUUGAAUGAAGCAGAAGGCUGCACAGGGGGUGCUGUUAACCAUCUUUGCAGGAACCUGUCAUCAACAAUGGUACUGGAACCAGUCCCUUGUGACCUGCAGACUAAUUGACCAGAGCCAGGACCAAGAGGCAACCAAUGACUGCAGGCCUGUGUAUGGGGUGGUGAAAGUGGGCCUGGCCUGACCCAAUAAACGGUGCCAAAAGCCCACUUCUGUAAGGAUAGAUUAAGCUUGUUUGUCACUAUGGGUAUGAUGGGCAUUUGAUUGUAUUUUAUAUAGGUGCUUUUUUUUUUUCGACAUGUGUCGCUUUGCAUGCCUGCAGCCAGCCAGUCAUGCUAGCAGCCAACUCGAUUUUCGAUCUCAUUUUCGUACUCAUUAAGCAAGCCGAGUUUGAGAUAAAUACGACCGUCAAAUUCUUGAGCAAA